AAAACAACAAGAAUCAAGAGUCAAGAGCAGCAACAACAACAACAACAACAUCACGAUGCGGGUGUGGGCGGCGGUGGUGGUGAUGGCGGUGCUGGUGUGGGGGGUGGGGGAGGCGCAGCGGAGGGGGGGAGGACGGCGUGGGGGGCGCAGGGGGAACAGGCUCAGAGGGCUGCCCAGAGUGACGAAUGAAGCGAGCACAGCGUACUAUGACCACAAGGACGCCGCCAAGAUCACGUGGUGGUCGCACUUCGAGACUGAGUACAUCCUGGGCAGGAAGAUCGUCUUCAUGUGCACCGCCACGGGGGACCCUGUGCCACACAUCACCUGGUAUAAGAACGGCAUCGAACUGUACGCCCACUCCUUCCUGCAGCUCCACGAAUAUGAUGAGGAUCCUAAGAGCAUCAAAAGCAAGAUGGAGAUCGAUCCUGCGACACAGAUGGACGCAGGAUACUACGAGUGUCAAGCCAACAACAAAUAUGCGGUGGACAGCAAAGGAUUCAUGGCCGACUACUCCUUGGAGUUUGAAUAACAGGCGCGUCCUUCCAGCUAGCAGGAUGUUGGAGACGCGAGAUACUAGACGUUAACACAAAAUAUUAGAUGUUAACACAAAAUACUCGAUGUUAACUCAAAAUACUCGAUGUUAACACAAAAUACUGGAUGUUAACACAAAAUACUAGAUGUUGAUACAAAAUACUAGAUGUCAACACAAAAUACUGGAUGUUAACACAAAAUACUAGAUGUUUACACAAAAUAUUAGAUGUUAACACAAAAUAAUAGAUGUUAACACAAAAUACUAGAUGUUAACACAAAAUACUAGAUGUUAAUAAAACCUACGCCGAGAACUAAGAGAAUAAACUAUACUCUAGAUGAACAAUUAAUUUAUUAGAAAGAAAAUAGUUGCGUCGGCUUCAUGACUAU